AUGAGGGUGGAUCGUUAUGAUGCUGAAUUGUUCGCAAACAGGAGUCUUUGCUGGUUCCGCAGAGGUGAUGGGAGAAGGGCUUUGCGAGAUGCAGUUAAAUGCAAGAUACUGCGGCCAAAGUGGGCAAAGGCCUACUUCCGAUACGGACAAGCUCUGAUGCUCAUGAAGGACUAUGAAAAAGCAUGUGACACAAUCGCUGAAGGUUUAGAGCUGGACCCUCUGAACGAUGAGCUCGAUAAGCUAUACUGGGAGGCAAUGGAACUGAAGAAUGUCGGCAGUGAGCGGCUUAGAGAAAGCACACGUUUACAUGCUUGA